UUGUCAGCUGACAGCUGUGUGAUGCUAGCAUGUUAGCUUCACAGUUAGCCAGCCGAUACCGCACUGAGCUGUGAGCUAAGCUAGGAGCUAAGCUAUGAGCUAAGCUAGCUGUCAGGAGGGGGUCCGAGUUAUGUGAGCACCCUGUAACCCGGAUGCUCGUGCUGAGGUAACUAGAUGUCGAUUAAAUGGCAAACAUUGGGCAGGGCAAUGGACUUGACUUGCGGGACAGCAAAGAGAAGCUGACAGAUCCUGGGAAAGGCAGCUCACUUGGAUCCGACCCGGAGCUCAACGGCGGUGUCCCCGGGGAGAAACCCACGGACAAGUACGGGUUCACGGGAGGGGCCCAGCAGCACGGCGGGGAGUCUGCUGAAGUAAUCCCCAUUGAGGUGCUGAGGCAACGAGAGGCAAAAUGGCUGGAGAUGCUCAACAGCUGGGACAAGUGGAUGGCCAAAAAACACAAGAAGGUGAAAGAUCGCUGUCAGAAGGGGAUCCCUCCAUCCCUGCGUGGCAGGGCCUGGCUCUACCUCACUGGGGGCAAAGUGAAAAGGGAGCAAAACCAGGGCAAAUUCCAGGAACUGGACAAUCAGCCAGGAGAUCCUAAAUGGGUAGAUAUUAUUGAGAGGGACCUCCAUCGACAGUUUCCCUUCCAUGAAAUGUUUGCAGCCAGAGGAGGUCAUGGGCAGCAGGACCUGCUCCGCGUGUUGAAGGCUUAUACGCUGCAUCGCCCUGAGGAGGGUUACUGUCAGGCUCAGGCUCCCAUCGCUGCUCUCCUCCUGAUGCAUAUGCCAGCAGAGGAUGCAUUUUGGGUUCUUGUCCAGAUUUGUGAGAAAUACCUUCCUGGAUACUACAGUACAGGGCUGGAGGCGAUCCAGCUGGACGGGGAGAUCCUGUACGCUCUGCUGCGGCGGGUGUCUCCUGUGGCCCACCGGCAUCUGAAGAAGCAUAAGAUGGAGCCCAUCCUGUACAUGACCGAGUGGUUCAUGUGCGCCUUCUCUCGGACUCUGCCGUGGGCCUCGGUGCUGCGUGUCUGGGACAUGUUCCUCUGUGAGGGAGUAAAAAUCCUCUUCCGAGUGGGCCUGGUUCUCCUAAAAUCCACGUUGGGAUCCCAGGAGAAACUGAAGUCCUGUCAAGGUCUCUAUGAAACUAUGGAACUGCUCCGAGCUAUUCAGCCACAGUAUAUGCAAGAAACCUUCCUGGUGCAAGAGAUUAUUGAGCUAGAGGUGUCUGAGAAAGACAUUGAGAAGGAACACCAUGCUCAGCUGCGGCGCUGGAAGGAGACUCACGGAGAUCUACACUGCAAGUCCCCUCCCAGGAUGCACGGCGCCAAGGCCAUCAUGGCUGCCGAGCCGCCCAGUCGACAGGAGCUGAGACAGAGGCCCACCAUCAUUGUGAAGUCACCCUUGGCAGACGGGGAGAGAGCAGAGGACGGCAAGAAGAGUGGAAAGACUAAAGCGGAAAAACAGAAACUUAUCACUCCGCCACAGGAGACUGUUAAUCCUUACCUUCCUCCCAGUGACCCCUCUGCUCUCCUCAAACACAUGACUGUGAAAGGCUCCAAAGAGAGUCUGAGCAGUGCAGAGCAUGACACAUACCUGUAGCAAGGUAAGUGUUACCAGUUUACUAACAUAAACCAUUCUACAUAGCCUUUACUAACUUACUUAUCACACUUUCCACGACUAAGUGUGUCUGUAGACGUCAUGAAUGUGAUGUGAAAAAUGGCUAAUUUGACAAUCAAGAAUAAAAGUAAUCACAUUAUCAAAGCUGGCAAAAAUACCAUUGCUCAGAUUACUAAGCAGUCACUGUAAUGCUCAACACAUUAUUGCUGUCAUUUCAUGUAUACAGGUUUCUAUUUACUCUAGCUAAAGUCGCUGAAAUUUAUGGAACUCAUAAAUGUGUAACCGUCAGAUGGUGACAGUGUGUCCUUUGGUUUUAGCACCUGGGGUCAUGAGGCUAUAGGAGCAUUUACUCCAUAUGACUGAACACGUAGGGAUAAAUACUUGCUGACUCACUGUUAACAGAUACUGAUGCUGAUUACCUCUUACAUUUUAAAUUUACCUCUAAGAUUCUUUCCUUUGUUAUAAAUGAAGUCUGAUUUUGUCUGUUUAUGAAGUCUUUUUUAAGAGCACUUUACCUUUCAUAGGCUUCCUCUUUGCCUACAUGUUAGUCAGUAUGUUGCCAAUGCCAACGCAGAGAUUUGUAUUUAUCCUGCUUUGAUAGACUCGCACUAAGACACACAGUUAAUCAGUGUGUCUGUUAAGCACAGUCGCUUGUGACUGUUGCGCUGCAUCCGGCAGUUUGUCUUUGCUGGUUUUGAACACUGGAGGGCGUCCUGAGAUUAUCUCACAGCCGUGACCAGCAGGAGUCUUUGUGAGGGCAAAAACUGACACAAUGAAGGAAGAAGUGAAAAGGGACAUUUUUGUAUCACCAAGCCAAAGAUUUGUAAUGAAUAUUUUUACGAUAUAUUUUGUCAAAGCUGUUCAAUCAUAUUGUGAUACAGUAAAAUGCCAUUUUGAAGAACGUUAAUACAAAGCUGUGUUUUUUUGCAAUCAUGCUUAAAGAUUUAGACUUAUAAAUAUAUCUUAUGUUACUAUAAAAGUCAAAGACAGCAUUAGGAGUUUUUUCUUAACACUCAAUAUGAUUUUUCACCUUCUCUUUUUUUACAUCUUAAACCAGGAUGUGCUGCAAAGCGUAAUGUUACCUUUGUGGACAAAACUACAAAUCUAGAACCUACAAACUAAUAAUGAUGUACAAUUAUAAUCUUUAUCAGUUCUUUUCUAAUGGCAUUAUUUAGCUAAAAUUGAAUUAAAACACUGGGUUUCUUUGCUAUUUGAAAUGUAUGACCCUACAUGAUUUUCACUACACUUUUGGGUAAAAAACAGACUAAACUAUUAAAGAAAGAAAAAUACAUUUGAGCAUCAAAAGAUAUUAAAAGAAAAAUAUCUUGGUAACCAAGCCAAGGGAGCCAUAAAUCUUUGAUGAUGACCAAACAGUAUGUGUUGAUUCUAAUUGUAUCUGAAAUGUUUCACUGAAGAAAUAGGUUGAAAAACUCAACUCAACUCAACAUUUAACUCCCAGUCCAGGAAAUUCCUUAAUUAGCAGUUACACAUGGAACUGAUUUCCCGAUUAUUUGCUGUGAAGGUUUUUUCAUUGGAAAAUCAUUGUGGGUGUAUGUUGAUUUAGAACAAUGUGGGAGAUUUUUUUGAAGUACUGUAUGUGCUGCAGAUUUAUUUUCUGUCUUUUAGGAAGCACUGUUUACUUGCAAUGUCCUCAGAAGCUUUCCGACAGUGAAUUUCUACCGGGAGCUUUCUAUACUGUCAUGUAGAUGGUGCCGCUGAGCUUCAUCCAGGGAUUCAAAUGACUAGUUUUCCAGUCAUGCUGUAGGAUGCAGGACAUACAGAAUGUGGUUUGGCUUCUAAAAUACUGUAUGUUGAUUUUUUUUUUUUCAACAUUCUGUUUCAGUAUCCAUCAAACAUAUAAAUCAGGGAUGUUGUGCAGCUCCUUAUUCCUAAUCAUUGCAACUAUAAAGAUUAAUGAGAACAUUAUUUAAGCCUUAGGCUUGUAAAUGUGCAAUGUAUCCUGCUGUUUUCAUCGGUAUAUAGGACUUUAUUAUGGAUCUGUUAGCUUAUUUGAUUUUAAAUCAACUUUACAUAUCUUCACAUUUUAUGCCAAAUUACAUUUAAAUCAAUAAAAAAAUUGAAA